CAGCAAGUGAUGGUAUUGCAUGUGUACAUGUACUUUUGUAUUCUGCUCACCAUCUUCUUUUAUUGAGAGAACUUUUUUUUUUUUCAAAAGUAAAGAAGGUCGCUAUGGUUGAGCGUGUGAGGCACACUGUUUCAUGCAGAAAAAUUCCGGAUUAUUGGGUUGGGGGUGGGGGGGGAUUCAGCCCUGUUAACUCUAUUGUUGUGUUUCUGUAAUUUAAACACACAUGUUGCACCGUACGAUCCGAAGACUCAUCACGGUAUCCAGGGCCGAGGCUGCCCAGGGCACGCGUAAACGGCCCAUGCCUGUGUUGUUUGUAGGCACUGACACUACACCGGCCUUAACACAACGAUGGCAAACGCUACUAUCAGAAUCAGGAUUUGAUUCCGCUACUGCACAACUCGGAAUUAGCAACAACAAAGAUCCCCGAGAUGGCAAUGCGUUGCUACAAUCGUGGUAUACAGAUUUGGAUGCCAAAGUACGUGACUUGGCCAUGUUUCCACCCGUGCUUAUCGGCCACGGCGAAGCUGCUUGGCGUCUGUGUCAAAAGUACGUUGCUAACCAGCCCCUUUCCGGAUUAAUCCUGAUCGAUGGCCCGAGUGCCGUGGAUCCCAAAACGCUCCCGUCGUUUGAAUUCGAGCCUUAUUUUCCCAUCCUGGCCGUAUCGCGAGCGCCCAGCUUCCUCAUUGAAAGCGAGGUGGAUAUCAUCAAAAAGGACGGCGACGACGAUGAAAUGGACCAAGUGCUUGAAUGGAUUCAAGAGUGUUUUUAAAUAAAUUAGAGCCCUGAUUGCCUUGCAUAGCACACACACACACAGACACAGCAAGCCUAAAAGCGGGAUUUACUGUCUUUGCCCCAAACUUACGCGUGCUCUUACC